AUGCCCAUCGGACACUCAGCCUCUCCCCACACGCCCCGGGCAUUUAACCCUGUGACGGACCAGACCUGCACUUCAAAGAGGAAAAGCAGCGUGGGUCCAGAGAAGCAGUGUGAGCUGACCUGCAGACCGUCCGGGUACCGCUUCUACGUGCGCCAGGCUGAGAGAGUCCGUGAUGGGACGUCCUGCUUCAACUCCAGCGCUAACGACGUGUGCGUGGAGGGCCAGUGUUUGUCUGAGGGAUGUGAUGGAAUCCUGGGCUCUGGAUCUGUGAUUGACAAGUGCGGCGUUUGCGGCGGGAAGGACGCAUCUUGUCGCAAAGUCACCGGCAGCUUCCAGAAUGCCACCGUUCCCCUCGGUUACCACAAACUCCUGGACAUUCCAUCAGGAGCCACUUUUAUCAACAUCACAGAGAAACGCGCAAGCCCCAACUAUCUGGCCAUGCGCAGUGGUACAGGUGCUUCCGUGGUGAAUGGGCGAUGGGCUGUGGACCCUCCAGGAGAGUACAAAGCAGGGGGCACCACCUUCACCUACACCCGACCCAAAGCUCAAGCUGAGGGGGAAGAAGAGCGAGGAGAGACCCUGACGGCACCCGGACCUACCACCACACAGCUGCAGCUUUAUAUCAUUUUCCACCAGAAGAACCCGGGCAUCGACUAUGAGUUUUAUGUCCCUGUUGAGAAGCCGGCAGAGCGUGUGGUGGAGAGAGCAAGAGAUCCACCCCGAGAACCAGCAGCACGGGCCCCUCUGCGCAGUCCUUUCACGGUGUCAGUUGAGGACCCAGCGCCUGCAGCUCCUCCGGUCUCCAGCUCUGUCUUCAGUGCUCCUUCUGCAGAGAGGUGGUCCCCAGAUAGGUCCCAGGCGGCCCGGGGGUCUGCCCCCAACAGGAACGUGCGCAUCCCCCCUCGCACCGACCUGCCCCUGGACACUCAGUCACCGUUCGUAUGGAGGAGAGGAGCGCUGAGCGAGUGCACUGCUUCCUGUGGAAAAGGAACUCAAUACAGAGAGAUUCUGUGCAUAAACCGCCACUCGGACCAGGAAGUGCCAGAGAGGAAGUGUGACUCAGCCACCAAACCCUCACCGGAGGAGGAGCCCUGCAACACUCACCCAUGUCCUCCUUUCUGGGAGACCAGUACAUGGUCCGAGUGCAGUGUGUCGUGUGGUCCUGGGCUGCAGCAGCGACAGCUCCAGUGCAGACAGAGUUUUGGGGAUCGUCACACCAUGGUCCUCCCCCAGCGCUGUGCAGGCCUUCCCCCGCCACACUCCACUCAGCCCUGUCAGCUCCGCUUGUGCUCCCACUGGGAGGUCAGCUCUGACUGGAGCUCGUGCUCGGUGGACUGUGGCGUGGGCAGCAGGUCCAGGAGUGUGCGAUGUGUCAGUGAAGAGGGCGGAGAGGUCAACGAUAAAGAGUGUAACACCAGACUGAAGCCUCUGGGCAGCGAGGAGUGCAACAUGGGCCCCUGUGUCACCAACUGGUACUUCAGCGACUGGUCCCAAACUUGCUCUGCGCAGUGUGGUCCCGGGGUGCAGCGGAGGGAGGUGGUGUGUCUGACCCACGGUAAAGAAGAAGGGGGAGAAGAGAACUGUGUGGCAGAGCGACCCGCCGAAAUGAAAGCCUGUAACGGAGGCCCCUGUGCAGCCGUCACCAUGUGGUACAGCAGCCCCUGGACUCCGUGCAAUGUGAGAUGUGGGAGCGGCACACAGCGGCGGGACAUCAUCUGUGUGCAGAGGGCGGGCGCUGACUUCAGCGUGGUGCAGCCCGAGGACUGUUCUCAUCUGGAGAAACCCUCUCCUGUGCAGGAGUGUGACCAGGGAGAGUGUCUGCCCCAGUGGCUCACCACAGAGUGGAGUGCGUGCUCUCGCUCCUGUGGAAAAGGCGUGCAGAUGAGGGAGGUGCGGUGUCUCACGGCUGAUAAAAAGCACAGUGUGGAUUGUGACGCUGCCUCCAAACCCGAUCAAGAGCAGUUCUGCAACACCAUCCCCUGCAGCCCACAAGUCACAGAUGAGAACUGUAAGGACAGACGUCACAACUGCGUGAUGGUGGUCCAGGCCAGACUCUGCGUUUACUCCUACUACAAAACCGCCUGCUGCGCCUCAUGCACCCAGAGCGCUCAGCGGGCGAAGAGACACUGA